AUGAACCUCGAAGCCCGUGAAACCUCCAUCAGCUCCGCCACGAUGGGGGAAGGAGACCUUACCGAUGCUUUUACAGGCAUGCCGUAUACGGAAGCAUUCAUAAUAGAAGGUUUGCGACAUGGGAGCAUGAUCCCCCUGGGAACACCUCACAUUGCCAGCACUGACACCAAGAUUAAUGGUUAUUUCAUUCCCAAGAAAUUCACUUUCUGCGUUCCCCGAGGACAUCCGAUCCCUCCUAGAGAGGCCAAUGGGAGUUUCAUCAUUAACUCUCCAAAACCUUACAAAGUCCUCCUCAGGGAGAGACUCCAUGACAGACCUUGGGGUGUGCAUUUCCUCGGCUGCGCACCUUUUCCCUUCGGCGGUUGCCUCUACGAGAAAUUCCACCGCCUGAAGGAGAGAUACGGCGACGUGUUCUACAUGAAUCCGGCCGGGAAGGACGUGGUGGUCCUCAGAGAAGGGAGUCUCAUUUGGGAUGAGUUCGGCAGGUUCUCAGUUCAACGACAGAUGCGACCUCGUCGUGUUCAGGCAUUUCGCCAGCAGCAACAACGGCCAGACUCCUUUUCCACUUUCUAUCGCUUCGGGCUCGUGGGUUCGAGCGGAAGCCUGAGGCACGAGAACCGACGAUUCACCGUCAAGAUCCUCAGGGAUUCUGGGCUGGGGAAGGCGCCGAAGUUGAACGCCACGAUUCUCCAGGAAGUCCUCAAGAUUUGUGAAAUCGUCGGACGGAAUGAGAAUGAACCAGAAGACCUUCGACUCCCGAUCCAUGUGGCAGUACUCAAUAUCAUCUGGAAGUUAACCGCAGGUCAGACCGUUCGGAAAGAGGUGGAAAGACGCAAACAGUCCUCGGCAGGACUAAUUCCAAGUCCACUGGUAUGCUUUGGAAUUCUCAUCAAUCGAUACGAAUCCAUGAAUUUCCUCGAGAAAGUAGCGUGCUAUAUGAGGAAGGAUUGA